UCAUGCAGCUGGGCAAACUUGAUGAACGAAUUCAUGUCAUGGAUGCCAGUUCAAACGCCUGUAGCGUCAUAAAGGACAUUGCAGAGUCAGGAGUCCAAGAAGAAGCAUUCUACGUCUGUGACAUUGGCGACAUAAUAAGCAAACACAAGGAAUGGAAAAUCAAAAUGCCAAGAGUCCAGCCAUACUAUGCGGUGAAAUGCAACGAUAGCCUCACUGUGAUUGAGGUUCUGGCUGCACUUGGAACUUGCUUUGAUUGUGCUUCAAAGGCGGAAAUUGACAGAGUUCUCUCUGUUGGUGUCGACCCAAGCCAUAUUAUUUUUGCAAAUCCUGCAAAACCUGCAUCGCACAUUCGUCAUGCAGCGGCUGUAGGUGUUGAUCUCAUGACUUUUGACAGUGACUGUGAGCUCUACAAAGUCAAGACCCUAUUUCCUACUGCCAAGCUGGUGCUACGUAUCCGGUAUGAUGCUGCCGUCGCUCAGUGCCAGUUGGGGAAUAAGUUUGGAUGUGACCCAGACUCCGAUGCACCACGGCUUAUGAAACUGGCUCAGUCAUUGGACCUAGACAUUGUGGGCAUCAGUUUCCACGUCGGCUCUGGCUGUGACGAUCCACCAGUAUUCUACAAAGCCAUUUCUGCCGCUCGAAGACUUUUUGAUCUGGGGUCUGCUCUUGGGUUCUCCAUGAGUUUACUUGAUCUUGGUGGUGGCUAUCCUGGCAACAAGGGUGCCCAAUUAGACAAGAUUGCAGAAGUGGUGAACAGUGCCCUCGGAGAGUUCUUUCCUGAACCAGAUGUUCACAUAAUUGCCGAACCAGGACGUUAUUAUGUUGCCUCAGCUUAUACUCUUGCUACAAAUGUUCACUCCAAGAGAGAUCUUAUCAACCCAAGGGAUGGGUCCAUCACAUCAGUCAUGUACUAUGUAAAUGAUGGAGUGUACGGCAGUUUUAAUUGCAUUCUCUAUGAUCACAUGAAAGUGACACCAGUGCCUCUCAAAGACGCUGGACUUGAAAUGCGUCCGUGUUCUGUCUGGGGACCAACUUGUGAUGGUCUGGAUCAAAUAGUUGAGUCUACUUUGCUGCCAGAGUUGGAUAUAGGAGACUGGUUGAUUUUUGAUAAUAUGGGUGCUUACACACUGCCUGUGGCGUCUCCAUUCAAUGGCUUCCCUGUUCCCAAAGUGCAUACUGUGAUUGACGUCCAAGGCUGGCUGCUACUCAAAGACCGACUACCCAUGACGGAGAAUCAUUUUGUUAUUGGAAACACACCAGCAAAUCUACACCUGGGUCUAUCCAUAGAUGGUCAAGGCAACAUUGAUGAGUGGGAUGAAGUUCACACACCUGUUUCAUCUUCUGAUGAUGAGAUUGUGGAAGAUCACACGUCACAUUCAACUGUGGGCUCAAGCAUCAUAUAUCCAUUCCUUCAGAUGGGACAAGUUAAUUAGGACCAAAUGGAAGUAUGUCUGCACCUCAGUGACAGUACAUGAUAAUGCCUUGGGUUAUUGUACUUCUUCCUUAUCGAAAACAACUAUGCCGUUUUCUCCAGUAAUUGUCUGUUUCUUCUGUGUCAGCGUCUCGUUGCGUAUAAGACAAUACAUCAAGUGACAAACUGUCAUUCAUGGCAGGGAUACAACACAACACCUAUGUAAGUUAGGUUUUGUUAAGUUAGGUGUGACAGGGAAGGCAGAUAUUCAUUAAAAUUCUUUAGUGUACUGCAGCUCAGUGCCUGAAAUUUGAUUAAGGGACUAAAACAUGAAUCUCAGAAUAAUUUAAACUAUCAAGGUUUCUCCAAAGCUAUUUCGGGCACUCAACUGUCUGUAGAUAUCUCACUGCAAAAGCGUAAAUUGUAUUUAUUUAAGCCUAAUUAGAGAAUUCUGUUGUACGCUCAACACAUGAAUAGCAUCUGCGUUACUGG